AAAACAAAAAUUACAAUGAGCUUGAACUCGAUACUCAUCGGCAUCGGCACGCGGCUGACAAUAUUGCGGCGGCACGAUUACGUGACGAGUUUUGAAAUUGCGGUCGCACGAUUUCGCACGAUGCUACAUGCAGUUAGCUCUGGUUGCUUCGCUGUUGUCAUCCGUCGUGCCUACCGAUUUUACAGUGUCGAUAAGAUGGUCAAUGUGGAAAAAUUCAUCAACAUUUGGCAAACUGCCGAUGCUGUUACAUUUGAUGUUGACUCAACUGUUAUUGCUGAUGAAGGAAUCGAUGAGUUGGCUCGUUUUUGUGGAAAAGGAGAAGAAAUCUGUGAAUUGACUAAACAAGCAAUGCAAGGUGAUAUGACUUUUCAGCAAUCUUUGUCAAUGCGAUUGCGCAUCAUAAAUCCAAGUUUAACUAAAAUAAAAGAAUUCUUGAAUGCACAUCAACCAAAACUUACCAAUGGUAUCAAAGAAUUGGUAUCAGCUUUACAAGCUCAUGGAAAGCAUGUGUUCCUUGUUUCGGGAGGGUUCCAUUGCCUUAUUGCACCUGUAGCUAAACAAUUAAAUAUACCACGUGAAAAUAUUUAUGCCAAUAGAUUGAAAUUUUAUUUCACAGGGGAAUUUGCUGGAUUUGAUGAGAAUCAACCAACAUCAAGAAAUGGAGGCAAAGCAGAAGUGAUAGAACAUCUUAAAAAAGAGAAAGGAUUCAAAUGUGUGAUACAUAUAGGUGAUGGAUCAACUGAUAUGGAAGCAUCACCUCCAGCAGAUGCUUUUAUAGGAUUUGGUGGUAAUGUCAUUCGGGAAAGUGUAAAAGCACGUGCAGAAUACUUUGUGAUGAACUUUGAUGAUCUUAGGAGAAACUUAUAAAUGUAAAAUAGUGUGUAUAAAAUAUAUAUAUAUAUAU